AUGUCGGAAACCACACCCAACGACACACCACCGGUCUCAGAGACCACCGGAAACACAAAAACAAUGCUCAGCGAUUCAGAGAUGUUGGAACUUACAAAGACAGAAAGCAGUGCAAAUCCCUUGCCAACGGUCAAUGUGGGUGGGACCCCAUUCCAG